UUUUGUCUCUGUCGAUCAGCUAUUUCAGGGUUUCCUAACCUGUGGCAUCACAUCGGCCUCAUAGGUGCAUGUGAUCGCAGAGAAAUCAUCGCUGACCUCAAAAACCCGAGCUGAAGAAAAGCUGGAGCUGAAGAAGAGAUAGAAGAAGAAGUGGAGGAGGAGAAGGAGGGGGAGGAGGAGGAAGAAAGAGAAGAAGAGGAAAAGAAAAAGAGAUGUAAAAGCAGUCGAUCAUGAUUCACUCAAAUCACUCCAUCCACUCAGUCUUCUGCUGCUGCUGCUGCGCCGUGCAGACCAGGGAGUUCAGCACCCGCAUGGAGCUGGAGGGAAGCACCUCGUGUUUCCAGAGCAGACGACACCCAGGACAUGCCUGCCGGGUCGACCGGUCGAGGAAGAAGCUCCCCCUCCCCCCUCCUGAGGGUGAGGAUGGUGAAGGUGAGGGGAUGCUGAGCGUCGUCGCUAUGUACGAUUUCACUGCCAAAGAGGACACUGACCUGACACUCAAACAGGGAGAAGAGUACAUCAUCCUCCACAAACAAGACCAGCUGUGGUGGAGAGCGCAGGACAAACACGGGAAUAAAGGCUUCAUCCCCAGCAACUAUGUGACAGAGAAAAACAGAAUUGAGGCAAACUCCUGGUACUGCAAAAACAUCACAAGGACAGAAGCUGAGCAGCUGCUGAGACAGGAGGACAAAGAGGGUGGUUUUGUGGUUCGGGAGUCCAGUCAGAAGGGAGUCUAUACUGUCUCUGUCUAUACCAAAACAUUAGGUUGUAACGGGGAUAUUAAGCAUUACCAGAUCAAAAUAAGUGACACCGGACAGUUCUUCUUGGCUGAAAGAUAUACCUUCAACAACAUACCUGAACUCAUACACUACCAUGAACACAAUGCCGGAGGUCUAGUGACCAGGUUGCGGUAUGCAGUGGGUCCUAUGGGCAGGUGUGUACCUGCCACAUCAGGAUUCAGUUCAGAGAAGUGGGAGAUCAACCCCAGCGAGCUGACCUUCAUGAAGGAGCUGGGCAGCGGUCAGUUCGGUCUGGUGAGGCUCGGCAAGUGGCGGGCUCAGCACAAAGUGGCCAUCAAAGCAAUUAGAGAGGGGGCCAUGUACGAGGAGGACUUCAUCGAGGAGGCCAAAGUUAUGAUGAGGCUGUGCCACCCCAAACUGGUGCAGCUGUACGGCGUUUGCUUGCAGCAGCGCCCCCUGCUGAUCGUGGCCGAGUUCAUGGACAACGGCUGCCUCGUGAACUUCCUGCGGCAGAGAGGCAGGUCCCUGAAGGAGCCUUGGCUUCUGUCCAUGUGUCAGGAUGUCUGUGAGGGCAUGGAGUACCUGGAAGCACACAGCUUCAUCCACAGAGACCUGGCGGCCAGGAACUGUCUGGUUAAUGAGCACAACGUGGUGAAGGUCAGCGACUUUGGAAUGACGAGGUACGUUCUCGACAACCAGUACACCAGUUCCAGUGGUGCAAAGUUCCCAGUGAAGUGGUCUCCUCCUGAAGUUCUCCACUACAGCAAAUACAGCAGCAAGUCUGACGUCUGGUCCUUCGGUGUGGUGAUGUGGGAGAUCUACUCGCAGGGUCGGACUCCGUUUGAGAACUACACCAACUUUGACGUGGUUACUGACAUCACCAGAGGAGUCCGGCUUUACCGACCGCACCACGCCACGCAGCCCAUUUACUCCAUCAUGUACCGCUGCUGGCACGAGAGGCCGCAGGGUCGACCGACUUUCUCAGAGCUUCUGGAGGAAAUCAGAAAACUGGCAGAAAAUCCGGAUUAACACCGACGUGUAUUACAAUGCAGAUUAUCAAACCGUUUUGUGCUUACUGUUACCGUGGAUGGAUGUACACAGACUGUAUGUGUUAUUGUAAAUACAUAUUUUUUCAUUAAAACCUUUUCACAGAUGA